AACCAGCGCCAUUCAACGUUCUUCAGCAAGGGGUUGAUGUCUGCCAACCAGUCUUACCAGGCUCUCCAUUGCCACACGGUGUUGAGGUAUUCAGUGUAAGGAAAAGUUAAACCUAGCCAAGUGAGUGAGUUUGUGAGUUUCCUGGCCAUUAGCGUGAGAAGAAGUGCAGUCAGUCAGUGGUACUUGUUGCUGGCUCCGUGAUGCGUUGAUGAACGUUCAAGAUUUCCUCGGGCGCAGUGGCUUCAUGUGUGACUUGAAAGCACAUGAAAGGAUCUAACGGACCGGAAAAAUAACUCGUUGAAGGAUUAAUAAUUCGAAGCAGUUAUCCUUUUGCGAUUUGAAAAGUGGAACCUCGAAUGAUAAGUGUUUGAUAAAGUUAUCGCACGUGAUACAGAAGGUGUAGAAGAAGAUUAUCACAGAAAAGAUUGUGUUAAAAGUGAAACUGUUAUCAUUGCGGCUUUUUCAACGGUGCAAAUAUGUGCAGUGAAAUGUGUAUGGUUCGGAGCAUGGGAAGGGACACCAGUCGCGCCAGGCAGGAUGUUGUUUGUUUUAUUGUUGACACUAUAAAUUAAUUUUCGACCGAGUUCAGACACCAGAAAUUUUUCGCCGAAAAAAGAAGGGUGAAUAUCAACGCCUUGCGGCCAAAUUACUUUGCGUACCUCCUAGAAGCGCAAUGCAUAGUAACCCCAGCGCUAUGCUGCUGCUCCCACAGAUGCUGAUGAUGACGAUGACAACAAAUGCCUGGCGGUCGAGUUCCUAGAUCAACAACUACAACAGUUGAAGCACUUCGAAGAGUGGUGCCGUGGCACAGAUAACGACAGGCAAAAACGUUCGUUCCGAGGCCAACAAAACCCCAACCCACCAAGAGACAGACACAGAAAAGAUAGGAUUAGUGACCAGAGAGUGUGUGUGUGCUGUGCACGGAAAGCCUCACAUUUUCGUUGCGGAAUUGAAUUGUUCAUUUCCUUGUCCGGUCGGUUGAAACGGGAAAUAUACGUAGGGAGUGAUCUUGCGGGGAAUCACAUACACGGCAGGGUUUGGUUUUUGGUUUAACACCACCCGAGGUACGGCUAAACGCUGCAAUGAAAGGUGUGCUGAUACUGUGCUUUCAUGUGCUGGUGCUGAGCUUUCAGGCAAAGGCAUGGCAAGCGGUGAGGAAUCCGUUCGAGUUCAGCAAACCGCCGGAGAAGUUCCACCAAGUGACAGACUGCAUGCACGUGACAUCCGAGGAGGGUGAGUUUUUCUUCAAGCGCACGGCCCCCAUCGUCGCCACACCGCAGCACGGUCGCCUGGUGGAUGUGCUGGGCAUGGCCCCCGUCAUGGAAGUGUGUGGGAUUUACUUCGUCACCGAUCCGGACAAGCUGGUUGAGGUCACCGUCAAGCGAAUGGAUGUCAAUUGCGACACCGGUGGGUUGAUGUCGUUCGUCGACGGGUGGGAGCUGAAUGGGAUGUACUUUCCGACCGAGUACGAUCACCCGAAGAGCAUGGAGCAACGGAUCAACGAGUUCUGCAACGAUCCCAAGAUGUGGCCGUACAUUCCGGUGCGGAAGGCGUUUCGGUCCAGCCAGAACGCGGCGCUGGUGCAGUACCGGAUACCGAUCAGUGGCUCGUUUGCGGUGUCGGUGCGGUAUCUGCACAACCCGGAUCCUUGCAAUAUAAUGGCGGAAGGAGUGGCACCAUACUACACCCUACGGAAUCGUGGUGCUUAUCGGAAUUGCUCAGUAACGGCUGUCUUCCCAGCGGUAAUGUCGGUUGUAGGCAUGGACGUCGGUGGGCGGAAGGACGGCGUCAACUAUGAUUGCGACCGACCGGGCGUGGUUGACCGACUGGAAAUCGGUGGCUCAUCCGGACUAGACACGUCCAACAUGGAUAAAUCGAGCACGAUCUGUGGCAAGAGUAUGGAACCGGGACCGGAACAGGGCAUCUUUUGCGGUACCAGCACGGCUCGAUUGAUUUCCAGCGGACGGCACGCCAAUCAGGCACUGGUUUCGGUGCGGGUUGCCGAGGAAAACGAUAUCGCUCUGGCCACGGUGCUGUGCGACAUGCGACGAAAGAAGAAGAAAUAAACACCGUAAUAAAUGUUCCAAAGAUUGUCGUCAUCAGUGUGACGGAUGUGUAAAAUAAUUGCAGUAUUAGAAUAGAUCUGUUUCGCUUUAGUUGAAGUUCUUCCUAAAUAUAUGUACUAAACAUAUUGUCAGUUUUGUGAUUCUCUGAAAAGGAAACGGCAAUCCGCUUGGGAAUGCAAUGUGCAAUCUAGUCAUUUGCUUGAUUUUAUUUGUGAUCAUGAACACUGUUCUGUUUUGGAUGAUGAGAAAGGGAAAAGAGCUAAAAAAUAAAACUAAAACAAAAGAAAACAAGAGCCGAUAUUUAUUUGAUGCACAAUAUAGAGCCACUCAUACCAAAGCUAGAAUAAGAAGCUAAAUUCAAUCCAAGAGUAGAAUCUUAAACAUGUAAAGAAAGAGAGCAACAAUGAAAAUAUAAAUUUUAGUGUACAACUUUGA